GGUCGCUCCCCAUUUCCCAUCUUUCCUUUCGGCUCCUACACGCCGAGGAACAAGGUCGUGAGAAGGGGAGGACUUGGUGGUGCUGCCAUUUCUACGGUCUUAGGGCUCUGCCCCUUUCGCAGAACUUCCAACAGCGCCAUGUUGGGACAGAGCGUCCGGAGGUUCACAACCUCUGUGGUCCGUAGGAGCCACUAUGAGGAAGGCCCAGGGAAGAAUUUGCCAUUUUCAGUGGAAAACAAGUGGCGAUUACUACUUAUGAUGACUUUGUACUUUGGAUCUGGAUUUGCUGCACCUUUUUUUAUAGUAAGACAUCAGCUGCUUAAGAAAUAAGGAUGUUUUAAUUAAUCCAUCAAACAGAUGUGAAAAGGAACAUUUUAAGAGGUGCAGUCUCUUUGAAAAAUGGAUCAAACUCUUGUUUUCAACAUACUCAAUAUGUUUGUAAAUAAACUUAUGGCAUGCAUCCUUAAUGCCUCUUCUCUGAAACAUGGAAUGUAAUAGUUGUGCUUACUUUUUUAUUUGGGAAAUAUUCCAAGAUUAGUUUGUUUGGUCAAAUUAGUGUGUGAUUUAGUCUUUUUCUUGUUUUUAGAUUUUGAGGUUUUAUUUAAUUUUUGAUACUAGGUCAGGACCUUGUUGGUAAUUUAUGUUAUUAAAAAUGCAAACUUGACUUUGUUGUCCCAUAGUAAUUUUUUUAAUUGAAAAGAAGUGUACUUUUAGUACACUUUGAAGCAGUGAAAUUGUUUUUCUUCGUAAGUGAUAAUUAAUCAUGAGGAAACCAGUAGUGUAUACAGUGAAGUCCAAGAGCUUUUUUUCCCCCUCCAGAUCUGUGAUCUAAAACUAAAAUUUUGCCUUGAUAAAUUUGCUCUUGACCAAUACUAGUCUUGUUUAGACUAAAUAAAAGUAGAAUAUAUGAAAUGAAGUAGCAUGUAAGACAGAAUAUGGAAAUAUUCCAAGUUUAUUCUGGAAUUUUAGUAGAAAUGGACUAAAAGAUGGUUCUGAUUAGUAAUUGUAUCUGAAUCAAAUUUAUAUUAUGUAUAGUGAAAUACUGCUAGCUACAUAAAGUGUUAUGACUUAGUUCCUAGGGCUUUGUAUUGGGGCGGGAAGAAAGGUAGUUGCUGAAUGUUUUAGUCCUAGUUUGGUCACUUUGGGAAUACCACACUGAUGUUAGAAGAACGGUGUAAAGCAGAGGUGGUAAACUGGUGGUCCGUUUGAGUGCUAGACUUUUUGGUGAUUAGGGGAGUUGUAGUUUUUAAACCAAUAUUUAAAAACUAGAAUAGUUACAAGAAAGUCUCUGGAUUCUUGAAAAGUUGCUCUGGGUGGUUCUAUAUCCUUUCAUAGAACAAAACCACUGCCUAAAUUAGUCUUCACCAUAACAUUAGAUUUCCUGUGUACUCCUAAUGUUAAACUCCUGAUUUGCUGGAACCUUAAGAAAAAAAAAAGACACCUUUUUUCUGUUUGUGUGACCGGGCCUAUCUUGACAGCCUUCAAUAACCAUGCAAUAACUACUAAAAUAUGGAUAUAUAAUUAAAUUUUUAUGACUGCCCGGCUUAUUCCCU